AUGCACAAGAGAGUGGCGGAUGAAAGGGUUUACACGUCUAACAAGUUAGUAUAUGAGACCUUAAUUCCGGAAGGGCUUAUGGUCCGCAUCCGCGGGAAUGAGAUCUAUCUCAGUGAGUCAGAGAAGUACGGCGGCAUGACGAACUAUGGAGAUACCCUACUUCUAGAGAAUAGUGUUUUACAGUGGCUUCGGAACUGGCCAGGCUACUUUCACCUCCUCAAGCAACAAGUUAUAGCGUGUGAAACGUGCGGACGAGUAGCACGGAACACUUUCUUUUCACCAAGCGAGUGCUCGAACCCGAAUGCUUCGUAUAGGUAA